AACAGACAGACAGAAACACAGCAGUCUCCGCCAUGUACCUUUCUGAACACCAGAAGAUCUGGAACAUUUGAAACGAGAACAAAACAUACUAACAAAACCCACAUUAACUCAACCGGUUCUAUAAAUCCAAGUGAAGCUGGUAGUGGAACGAGACGGACCUCUAUCAACGCCGACAUGGCCAGUACUCAAACGAGUCUGAAAACCCCAUUCAAAGACCUGACCUUGUUCAAGGGCAACAUGAAGCGGCUGUACCGCGAGAGGCUAGAGGACGCGCCCAUCAAGAAGAGGCUGAUGGCUGAGAUGAACCUGAAGCGACGCAGCCUAGACACCCUGCUCCAGACCCCCAAGGUGAAGAGGGAGGCUGGGGAGGAGCAGACCCAGCACCGGGAGGCAGAUGGAGGCAUGGAUAGAUCCAUAGAGAUGGACAGUAGAGGGGAGCUCCAGGUAUGUGGAGCCAAGGCUCUGGAUCUCAGCCCUGGGCUGAAACACACACUGGCUGCCUUCACCCUCAGCAGCCAAAGCUCUCUGGGGGGCCCAGCAGCCUUCUCCGCCCGCUCCGGCCACGAAGCCUCCUCCUCCCCCGAGGUCGGCCCUGAUUCCUGCCCCGGCAUGGCCCCUCUACCCUCCCCACCAGUCCUAGGAGGUGGACCCCUCUUGGUGCCCAGCGACAGCUCCACAGAGUUAAGCCACUCCCUUCUAGAGGGAGAAUCCAUCUCCAGCUUCGCUGUCGGUGGGGAGAAACGCCUCUGCCUCCCCCAAGUGCUCAACUCGGUGCUCCGCGACUUCUCCUUACAGCAGAUUAACGCAGUGUGCGACGAGCUCUACGUGUACUGCUCGCGCUGCGACGGCGAACAGCUCCACAUCCUCAAGGUGCUGGGUAUUUUACCCUUCAACGCCCCGUCCUGCGGCCUCAUCACCCUUACCGACGCCCAGCGCCUCUGCAACGCCUUGCUCCGCCCGGGGGCCGCCCUGCCCUCUGACCCCAGCACCAAGCGGCCCGGCCAGGGGCUCCUCAAGGACACAGAGGCUAGCUUCCAGGUGGAGCACCAGUGUCUAGGGAAAUGCCAGGGUCUGUUUGUACCCACGUUCUACACGCAGCCCGAGGCGCCCUGUAUUCAAUGCGUGGAGUGCCAGCUGCUUUUCUCACCGCAGAAGUUUGUGAUGCACUCUCACAAGUCCCCGGACAAGAGGACCUGUCACUGGGGCUUUGACUCGGCCAAGUGGCCGUGCUACCUGCAGCUGGGGAGGCAGUAUCUGGGGACGGCUGAGGAGCCGCAGCUCAAACUGCUGCUUGAGGACAUGAAGGACAAGUUCCACUACAACAGGACCACUGACAAAAAGGUGGAAGAUGAGGACAAGGACAGCCUGGUGAGGAGAUCGCAUUCUCCUGAGCCUCUGGUGUCUCCUAACAGCAAACUGUCCGACAGCGACGCAGCAACCAAGGCUAAAGCCCAGGCUACUCUGGUGUUCAACCGCCUGUUCCCCCACAUUAAGGAAGAGCCUGGUCACCCUACCAUGGUCCAUCCCAGUCACUUCCUGUAUACGUAUGAUAAGAUGGUGGCUCCUAACGUGUCUCUGAGGGGACAGUCGGCGGUCAGCCCUGAGGUACUGGGGGUACUGCUCAAACACCACUACAGCAGGAGACUGACCCAAGGCCACGACGACACUGCUAUGGAUCGCCACGCCUCUCCUCCUGUUGUCGACGAGACCAAAUCUCAGCAGCACGUCGUUUCUUCUGCCGACCGGGAGCGCCAGCAGCCAGUUUCCAUGGAGACCAGCCCCGGCAACAAGAGUUAUUCUGCUGUAGCGGGAGCCACGGUGACUGCGGUAGUAACGUCAUCGGUAGCGGCGCUGGGGAGUAAAGAUGUUCUGUCUUCAGGCUGUGAGGACGACAAGGACAGGAUCGUAGUGGAGAUCGUUCAGAUGUACAGCAGACAGCAGGAGAAACUGCACUCCACCCUUCACAAACAGCUGCAGCUAGAGAUGGAGUUGGAGGCGCUGCGUGGAGGCGAGGCAGCCAGGCUGCAGCAGUUGUCUGCAGAGCAGCGUGAGCUGCAGAGUGAACUGGAGGCGGUCCACACUGAGCACGCCCAGAGGCUGGGCCAGGUGAGGGAGGAACAGAGGGAGUUGGAGCACAGGCUGGAACAGCUGCGACGGCAGAGCUGUGUGUGUGACAACAUACACACACACCAGGAGGCACACUACGCCAACCAGCUGGCGGAGCUGCGUAGGAGGUUGGAUGGUGCCGAGGCUGACAGGGAGGAGCUCCAGGAGGAGUUGAAGAGGGAGCGGGACACCCGGGAGAAGCUGGAUAGGAUCAUCUCUCAGCUCAAACACCAGAUGGACCAGACGGCCUCUUCCUCAUCUUCCUCCUCCUCAGCCACCACAAUCGCUACAGGGAGCCCCUCUUCACCCCCCACCCCCUCCACACACACACCCCACACAGAGGGACGCACCGCAGGCCUCGAGCAGCAGAACGGCCACGCUCAGAAGUAGCCCCUCACAAAAUGCCCCUUUUCCAUUUGUCUCUCAACCCCCCAACCCCCCUCUGUUUUGUUCCUCCAACUUACUCCCUCACCCCCUGCUGGCAGAAACGGCAGCCCUAGACAGACAGAGCACUGCUUCUCUCCUCUCUGUCUCACCCGUUACCUUCCUCAUCCCUCCCUCAUCUUUAGUUCUUUGGAAAAGGAACUCUUGUUUUUAUUUAAUAUCACAUCAAAUUAGUUAUGUUUUUUUUUUUAUUCCUCAUACCCCCUAUCCUUAAACAGUAUUUACAUUUUGGGAAGGAUAUGUUUGUUUUAAUUUAUAGUUUUACUGAACAAACGGAUGACUGCUUGGCAGACAGUUGGAGUUGGGUGUUUUUAGGACCCUCCCUCCUUCCUUGGAUCGUGGACUUGAUGUGUUCUAGCCCACACAGAGACUGGGAAGUCAGUCAGACAGAAAGACAGUUCUCUCCUGGCCCUGCCCCUUGACUCUGUUCUGAACUGUGGUUCCACUAGCGCUCAGUCGCUCUUUCUACUACUACCUUGCACGCCAACUGGAGCCAAGAUGGUGCCCGUGUGGGUGCUCUCCAUCUCUGUAUGUACACCCAGCCCAGCCACUCUGGACCAGCUACCAGCCACACACAGCAGGAGACUGCAUUGACAGACAUUUUCAUUUCGCCUUUGUUUGUUUUUGUACUCCUUAUACCUAUUAAUUGCAAAGAAGAGAAAAGUUAAAAGAAAAAAAUUCUAAAUGUGUAAAACAUAAAGGUAUAUGAAAACAUUAUUGUACAGAGCAUUUGCAGUCAUCAUUGUUAAACCUCAUGAAAAUGCUGAAGUGAUAUGAUUUUAAGAUGUAAAGACAUGAGAGUGAUGCGACUCUGAGGACAGCUGAGGUUGUGAACUGGAACAACAACAAACCCCUGAACUAGUCUGGCUAGGUCUGUCUUGAUAGGGCAUGUCUCACACACACGCACCAAAUUUCCUCGUAGAAAUCUGUAGUUUAGGCUGUUUUGAUUUGAUUUCCCUGUUGGCAGCAGUUGGUGUGUUUGCCAUCCUCUCCUCCUUGUGAGAACAGCAGCACCUAGCUGUCUGCCUGGUGGAAUGUGAGUUACAGGUGAAAGGAGUUGGUGCAGACUGACACACUGUGUGGUGUGGGCUGGCUGCUGCUUUGGAUCCAGGCCCCUGCUCCCUCCGUGUUAUUCCAACUCACUGAACAAACAGAGCCAGAGAGGGAUGGAGGGAGGGAUGGAGGGAGAGGCGGGAAAGACAAGGAUAGAGGGAGGAGGUACAGUCAAGCGGAGAGAGAAAUGGAGGCGGGGAAGAGAGGAGCGGAAGAGAGACAGUCAGGCGGAGAGAAAAAGUAAGAAAGGGGGGUGGAGGUAGUGCAGGGGGCUGAUGCCCUCUCUCUCUCAGGCUGGGUGGGCCAGUAGCGUGAGCGGGUGAUGUGGGGGGAAUGGAGAGAGGAGCCCCUUUUGUCCCUGUCAGAAUUGGGGCAGCUGCUAUAGUCUGGGGCCUCUCUCUCUCCUGCCCCCGGGGAGCUGGUACAGGAGCCCCUAUCUCUGCCACACAUACACACACACACACACACUACCGCCAUCUCUCCCUCCCACAAACGUGCACACACACACAGAACAGGGGUUUUGUCUAGAUGCCAGGCAGUCUUUCUUUUAUAGCCUCCCAGGCAGACUCAGAGCCAGGCAGCGUGUAAAUAGUAUUGGGCUUGGCUUUAACUCCAAGCUGAUUUUUGUAUGCAUCUGCUGUACAUGCAAGUUGAUAGACAUUCCACUGUGCUCAACCUUUCAAUGCAGAUCUCUAAAGAAAGAGUUCCCUACAACAUACUCAAUGCUCUGCCAGAGUACUAAAGUAUAGUAGGUCUUAUUUUGUUAUCGAUUCUCAACAUUUCAACUACGCUACAAAAACAAUGAAACUAACACCCUUGGUGUCUGACGUGAAGUUCACUCGCAUGCAGAAAAAUCCAAUCCAUACUGCAAAUGUAUGCUCUCUACCGACCAUUGUUGCAUAUAAACCUUUCUUGGAAAUUGUAAAAAAAAUAAAGAAAGAAAAAUAUAUUUAAUGUAUUAACUAAAGAUUUAUAUUCACUUUGUACAUACAUUAGUCAUUUAAUAUAUUAACUAUGUUAUUAUGGGAUAAUCUUCUAAAGGUUAUUAUAAUAUUGACUGGACCAGACCAGGCCUGAGGCUCUAAACAGCCCUGAUGUUUUUGUUAAGUGAAUCUUGACUUGUUGUUGUUGUUUACCCUGUUAAAGGGACACGUGGCAAUAUGACAUAAUACGCAGCGGAGUGACUUCCUGUUUACAGAUUAUCAACAACCUAAUUCAAGAUUGACACUUGGCUCUUUCAAAUUUUUGGAGGCGUGCCUACAUUGGGACAGACCAAUAGUGGCAGUUUUGGCAGAUUUGAAUUUGUUGUCGCUCUGCUGUGUAUGAUGAUAUCAUAUUGCGGAGUGCACCUUUUAAAGGAUGUAAACUUGCUUUUGGGAGUUGAAAUGCAUGGUGUUCAGAUGCGACCACCUGACACAGGACAGAGGUCAGAGUUGAAUAGGAAAGAAAGAGCGUUGUUACAGUACUUCCCCAGAACGGAUUGCUUUCAUUUGUUUAUUUUCAGGAUGAUUUCACCUUGAUAGACUGUUGAUGUAUAAGCUUUCUCCCUUAAUACCUUCCCCUUUUGUACGCUAAACCCCCACCCCAGACAAUUUGAAAAUGCACCGAACAUUUGUUUAUAAAAAGAAACAAAUUGAAAACAAACCAAAAACGAAAGUUUGCAUGUAACGAGUGGAUCGAUACCCCUAAUUUGUUUUAUGUCAGUUGAAUGAUUUCUUACUUCUCACUGAGCCACUCAAUUGAUAUGUUUAUGUCAAAAAGAAAAAGGGUCUGUCCUAAAUGGCACCCUAUUCCUGUUGUAGUGCACUAUAUAGGGGAUAUGGUGCCAUUUGGGAUGCCACCAGUGUCUCCAACGUACAAGUUGUUGACCUGUCUCACUACUAGCAUGGAGACACAUUGACUGAGGGCAUCUGAGCUAGUUAGGCCGUUGAAAUAUACUUUUGGCUUUAGAAGAUGGCUAAAUGGAACUAAAGUCCAACUACCUAAUCAUACCAUACAAGUAGCCUCAUUAGAUUCUGCAAAGAUGAGAGAAGUGUGUGUGUCUGAGUUUGUGUCUGAGCGGAUGUAUGUGUGUCUGUCUGUGGAUGCAUAUGUGUAUGCCAUCGAUUUGAAAGUGACCGAAGCACAGCAGCUAUGAAAAAGGGAGAGACUUAUUCUCAAGUAGCGCUGUGGUUUUACUCAUUUUUGUCCAACACAGAGACCCUGUCCUCUUGGGGCUAUAGAAACUUUGUAACUGCAUUGUGUUUACAUCACAAGAUAAUCAGUAUUAGGUAAUUAUGGCGAUAAUAACAAACCUAUCUCAACAGUCUUCUGCAUUUCGUUUUUUAACAAUCGUUUUGGGGUAUCUAAUGUAUUUCUGUAUUUAAAAAAAAAACUAUGUCGGUUAAAUUGCAUUUUAUAUAUACAAGAGGGCGCUCUAUAUCGACUUUAGUUGAAUGCCAUAAUAAUGAUAUGAUAGAUACAAUGGAUUCAAAUACGAAAACAAAUACUAUACUAUAACAUAGCGGGCUGGGCCCUCUUGCAUUCGCAGUGUUAUGAGAACUAAAAUACUGUGUCCCAAAUGGCACCCUGUUCCCUACAUAGUGCGCAACUUUUGUCCCAAGCCCUAUGGGCCCUGGUCAAAAGUAGUGCACUAUAUAGGGAAUAGGGUGCCAUUUAAGACAAAACCUAAAACAGAUGUGCUUUGUACAGUUAUUUUUUUUAUAGGGGUGCAGUUUGCCCAACUCACUACUUACUAGACCAUUAAGCUUGGUCCUGGCCUUGCUUCAGAAGCACAGCUAAACAGUAACUAGCGUUUCCAUUUUAUUUUAUUUUACAUACAUCCCCAAUGGAUUGUUCCCAGACUUAAAAGGAUAGUUCAGCAAUUUUAGAUAUCUAAAAAUGUAAAAUCGCUGAACUAUCCCUUUAAUGAAGAAGGCGAUGUAGUGUAGAAGUGGCACUCUUUAACAAUAGCAACAAGUUGCAUUUUGGAUCUGCAAAAUAAUGCUGGAUCAAUUGUUUCCAUUUAUGUGUUGUAGUUGGAUAUUUAUUUACAAACACCAUUCUUAUUUACCAGCGUGGGAGGUAGGACAUUAGGCCAUUACACCUUGUUAAUAUGAUUUCACAAAAUGGUUUAUUAUUAUUAUUUAUGCCUGGGAUAGACAUGCCAUGUUUAGAGUUUAAACUUAGUAGGCUACACCUGACAAAUCAUAGUUUAAAGAAGAAAAAUGUAAUCUUUUUAUGGCUUUGUUAAAAAUAAUUCAAAACAGUUCUCUUUUUAUGCUAUAUUCUGAAACCUGUAUGGCAGUGAGUGUCUAUGUAUGACAAUUGCAUACCAUGUUUCCAACAACGAUACAGUGUGAUUGAGACGUUUGUUUUUUGCAUGAAACGAGACACUGUUCUCCUACCUCAUGUUGUGAUAUAAAAUGUUUUUUAAGCAGAGGACACUGCAUCUUUAACCAUUGAUCAUAAUUGAUAUUUACUAGUAAAUGAUGACAUACCUGUACUUGCUUUUAGCUAAUACCUCAGUUGUAUAUCUAGUGUUCAGUUUUUUUUCUCCCUCAUUUCAGAUCUCAUAAAUAUACACUGUAUAGACAAUGAACUUGGAUCAAAUUCAAGUAAAGUUCUGUAGUGUCACAA